AUGGCCUGCGAGGCCUGCAUUAGAGGCCACAGAGUGAGCGGGUGCAAUCAUUCGGAUCGUAAACUCCUACCGAUCGCGAAGAAGGGACGCCCGGUAUCUCAAUGCAGUCAUUGUCGUCACAUGCGAAAAUCCCGUUCCGCUCACGUCAAGUGUGACUGUGGUGAACGACUGGCGUUUCUUAAAGAACAGGCUAAGAGUGGGAAACCCAUCCCACCGGCCGGAGCAUGCCAUGCUACCAAUGAGGAUGGGGAUGCAAAGAAUGGAGCGUCUUGCAACUGCUGCCAUGGAGGACGUUGUACCUGUUCACUGAAGAAAGAGCCACAUUUGGACCCAGUCCCUGAACUUUCUGCAUCAGAAUCCUGCGCGUCCACUACCCCACCGGAGGUUCGAAAGCCUCGGCUACAGAUGACCCAGUCUGAAAGUUCACUCACCACUUUCGCCAACGGCCACCACCGACCAACUCACAAACACCACGGAAGUAUACAUGGGUCAUCGCCAUACACCAUCCCACCCGUAGGGCACACUGGCCAUGCCUUUGGAGAACACGUCAACGGAUGCACCAAGGUAACGGCCUCUGCUUCAGCGCCCUCGACUGUAGCAUCACAAAAACCUCGACGAAUCAAAUCCGAGCAAUCAUCACCAGACCUCCGAACAUACCCAGCUCUUCAAAUGGCAAAUACCAGCAUCACCCCCCUGGAGCUGACCCCUCAGUUGGCACAGCAAGCAUUAAAGCCUACUUCGUCCCGCAUUCAACCAGGGCUCGUCGUAAAUACAAAUCAUCCACCUUUCACCCUUCAAGAUUUCCCAAGCCAGGAGCUUCUACCGUCAGCAGCAGAAUCCGACAGCUAUCAAUUUUCUGCUGGCUUGUACCCCCCACAAUCAGCGGGGUGGCCUCCAGCAUAUGGCCAAUUCGAUCCUGCAUUUGAAGAUCCACCUUUAGACGCAUCUUACGACACAUCACAGAUAGAUAUGGGAUCGUUUCUUCGUUUUCAAACAGGACUGGCAGCAGGAUCAGUUUCUGGAGAUGAAAUUGACGACUUCAUUGGUCCGCCGAGUCUGACGGGUAUCGUCUUCGAUGAUUUGAACGUUGAGAAACUCUUGGCCCUUGGUCCGACAUCGCGAGUAAACUCUUUUAGCACGGGAUUGGGCUUGGGGGCUGGUGUCGAUGGGGUAUUAGAGUCUGAAGCACAAAACAUGGGGUUAUAUGGGGGCUACAGUGAUAGCUUUUUGAGUUCGAAGGACAUGAUGGUUACAAAAACGGCAGAACUUAGUGUUCUUCCGUCAAAUAUUGCUCCGAUAGAUGAGAGUGAAUUUCUGUGGAUGGCACCGUGGCCGGGCAGCGCACAAACUGGACCCCCUCCACCGGUUGAUCAAUCAUGGACUAGCUAA